UGCUGACGUUAUUUUGCAUGUGUUGCAUUGCAAUCGGUUCUUUCUUUCUGCGAAAGUGUUUUGACUCAUAGGCAUUAAAUAAAAAAAUAAUUAUCGGAAUGGUUGAAUUAACAGCUGAAGAAAAGAAGCAAUUAAUCACCCGCAAUCUGCAGGAAACACUGGGAGAGGACAAAUUAAAUGCGGUACUCAAAGAGCGUGAUCUGAAAAUCUAUUGGGGCACAGCGACUACAGGCAAACCACAUGUAGCCUACUUUGUGCCUAUGUCAAAAGUUGCCGAUUUCCUCAAGGCCGGUUGCGAGGUUACUAUACUCUUUGCUGAUUUGCAUGGUUACCUCGAUAAUAUGAAGGCGCCAUGGGCGCUGCUCGAGCUUCGUACAAAAUAUUACGAAGCUGUCAUCAAAGCUAUGUUGAGCUCAAUAGACGUUCCAUUGGAGAAGCUGAAGUUCGUUAGGGGUACUGACUAUCAGCUCUCAAGAGAAUAUACGUUGGACGUAUACAGAUUAAGCUCGGUAGUGACGCAGCACGAUGCAAGAAAAGCUGGUGCUGAAGUGGUAAAGCAAAUAGAAUACCCAUUACUUUCGGGCUUACUUUAUCCAGGAUUGCAAGCUUUAGAUGAAGAAUACCUAAAGGUGGAUGCACAAUUUGGAGGUGUUGAUCAGCGUAAAAUUUUCACUUUCUCAGAGAAAUAUUUGCCACAGUUAGGCUAUGAAAAGCGUAUACAUUUUAUGAAUCCUAUGGUACCGGGUUUAGCGGGCGGCAAGAUGUCAUCUUCGGAAGAGGAUUCAAAAAUUGACCUUUUAGAUUCGCCCGCAAAUGUUAAAAAGAAGCUAAAGAAAGCCUUCUGCGAGCCUGGAAAUAUUGCGGACAAUGGUCUUUUGUCAUUCGUCAAACAUGUGCUGUUUUCGCUUUUCAAAGAGGGAGAAGGCUUUUCUGUAAAUCGUCCAGCGGAAUUUGGAGGUGAUGUCACAUUCCACAACUACGCCGACUUAGAGAAAAGUUUUGCCGACAACGAGUUACAUCCUGGAGACUUGAAAGGUUCCGUUGAAAAAUACAUUAAUAAGCUUUUAGAGCCAAUUAGAAAAACUUUCGAAAGCCCAGAAUUGCAAAAACUCAGUGCAGCUGCCUAUCCAGCACCAAGUAAAGCCAAAGGUGUGAAUGCGAAUAAUGUGGCAGCACCUGAAGAAGACGGUCCGCAUCGUCUAGAUAUACGCGUUGGCAAGGUUACGGAAGUUUCUCGUCAUCUCGACGCAGACACUUUGUAUGUUUUGAAGAUUGACUUGAACGAAGCACAACCACGUACUAUUAUUAGCGGAUUGGUGAAGUUUGUCACAAUUGAGGAGUUAAACCAACGAUUAGUUGCGGUCCUGUGCAAUCUUAAACCAUCUAAAAUGCGUGGCAUACUUUCUGAAGGCAUGGUGCUAUGCACGUCAAACCCCGAUCACACUGUGGUGGAACCCAUCAUUGUUCCAGCCAGCGCAGCACCUGGUAGUCGAUUGACAUUCGAAGGUUAUGAUGGCAACCCAGACGAACAAUUAAAUCCCAAAAAGAAGGUGUGGGAGAAACUUUCUGUAGAUUUAAAAACAAAUGCCGACGGUGUUGCUGUUUGGAAAGAAAACUUUCUUCUCACACCCGAGGGCGAGAAACUUACAAGCAAAUUAUCGAACUGCAGCAUUAAGUAACGCAAAAAAAUAAUGUGAAUUAGAAAUAUAUGAUGUGAAGCCAGCUAAUGCUUUUACAAGACGUAAUUCAUAAAAUUUGUAAUAGUGAACUGUUACUCCGCAAGUUUAA